AUGCCGAAGUAUUAUUGCGAUUACUGCGAUACUUUCCUCACCCACGAUUCUCCAUCUGUUCGUAAGACACACAAUGGUGGACGCAAGCAUAAGGAAAACCGUUGGAUGGAGGAGCAGGCACAGAAGUUAGUGGACGCUACGGCACGAGCGUUUACGGGGGGUAAUACGACGAAACCUCUCGGUAAGCCUGGAAUGGGUGCGCCUAUGGGAGCACCCAUGAUGCCUGCGAUGAUGGGUCGACCACCAAUGGUCGGUGCUCCGGUUGCAGGAAUGCGUGGGCCAAUGCCACCGUUUGGUUUUCCUGGAGCGAUGCCGCCGUUCGGCGUACCGAUGGGUAUGCCUCCAAUGCGUGGACCACCAGCUGCACCUUUUCGUCCCGGUCCGCCGCAUUAG